CUUUUUUUUCCAAGUAGUUUUGACCAUCUGUAAGUCGAAGGCGAAGGCGACGCCCAUUCCGUUAGUAAGUCGAAGGCGACGCCCAUUCCGUUCCGCUGUACGCCGCCGCCGCCAGGUCCAAUCCAACCAACCAACCUGACAACGCAGCGUUCCACUGGCCGAUGCGAUGGCGAUGCCACGACCGCGCGGCGGCAAGAGUACAAAAAUACUCCCGUCCUGGUACAGUACACCUCCAGCUUUUCGUUCCCGUCCUCGUUGUUAUUCCGUUUUCCCCCCUUCCCUCUCUCGUCGCGUACAGCUGGACGCCUCCUCCCUUCCUUUCUUCUCGCUGUUGCUGUUGGCUGUUGGCCUGUUGCCUGCCUCGCCUCCGUCCCCUCGUCGCCUCCACCUCCACCUCCUCGGUCACAGAGAGAGAGAGAGAGAGAGAGAGAGAGAGAGAGAGGGGGAGGGAGAGAGGGAACCCGGAGACCGCCACCAAGUGUGAGGCAGAGGAGGAGCAUGGCGGCGCCGCCGUCGAGGUCCCGGGGCGACUACGACCACCUGAUUAAGCUCCUGCUCAUCGGCGACAGCGGAGUUGGAAAGAGUUGCUUGCUGCUGCGCUUCUCUGAUGACACAUUCACAACAAGCUUCAUCACCACCAUUGGCAUUGAUUUCAAGGUUAGGACGGUUGAGCUUGAUGGAAAGCGUGUAAAGUUACAAAUUUGGGACACUGCUGGUCAAGAACGUUUCCGAACAAUUACUACUGCCUACUACAGAGGAGCCAUGGGCAUUCUGCUUGUAUACGAUGUCACGGACGAGUCAUCCUUCAACAACAUUAGAAACUGGAUCCGCAACAUAGAGCAGCACGCGUCUGACAACGUGAACAAGAUUCUGGUGGGCAACAAGGUCGACAUGGACGCGAAGCGGGUGGUGUCCAUGGCUCAAGGCCAGAAGCUUGCAGACGAGUACGGGAUCAAGUUUUUCGAGACGAGCGCGAAAACAAACCAGAAUGUGGAGCAGGUCUUCUUCGCCAUGGCGAGGGACGUGAAGCGAAGGCUCACCGAGACCGUUGCCGCCGCGGCCGAGCCUCCGGCUAUCCAGAUCAGCAGGCCGGACUCGGGCCAGGCCGGCGCAGCCUCGUCGACGAGGUGGUCAUCGUCCUGCUGUAGCACCUGAUCUGCCGCCGUGUGUGUGGCUGGCUCUGGCUGCUAUAGGUUACUGCUUACCGCGUGGUGUGUGUGUGUGUUUACUUCCUCCGGUGCCAAGCCAAGAUUUAAAUUUCGCUCCAAAGAUUUGCCGGAGCAAACGUGUAGGCAGAUAGCUAGGCUGCUGUGCUGGGUUUGCUUGCUUCUGUCGUGUAAACAAAACCCUUGAGAGACGGUAGUGUCUGAUUGUGUCGGAACAUGACAUGCUUGUACAUUAUUAGUGCAUCGUAUAUCCAGCUGUUGCUCCCAUGUGCACUGCGCAGGGCACAAGUU